AAGCAGCAGACAGCAGACUGAUAUGAACGACCGACAUAAAAUGGGGGAUUACUUCUUCUUCUUCUCCGUGUUUCUCUACUUCGCUCCUUCUGUUUGUUUAUAUGUCUCUGAAUCCAGUGCCGUCUUCUCUGAAGAGUUCCGUGGGCAGCAAGAGCACCAAUGCCCACAACGGUGGUAGAGAUGGAGGCGGAGGCGAGGUCGAGGGCGGCUUCUUCUACCACCACGGCGAGCGGAGCCGGGGCCUCUGCUCCUCCUGGAUCAGCCGCUUGCACAUGAGGCUCCUGUCCCUCCCGCCUACCGCCGCGCCGCCUCCUCCGACGCCGCCUGCACGCCGGAAACUCCCGGCGGAUGCCGGUGAAGGUGGCGUCGUCCUCAGCCGCCUCAACGACGACAACUACCCGCAUACGAUCUCCACCGACGAGUCCCGAACCCGGACUUCCAUUUCCAAUCUCAACUCGCCUUUCGUCGACCGCCGCUACCUCAACCUGUUCGAGAGGAGGCCCAUCGCGGGCGUCCCCCGGCUUCGGUCGCCGCUACCGCCGCCGCAGAUCGUGUAUGGCGACGAAGGAGAGCGAUCGGUCAGUGGGUUCGGCCCCUUCCAGCUCAGGUCAAGGAACGCCGCCCUUCGUCGAGGAGCACAGGAGAGCCUCGGCCGCGACAGCAGUGGCGGGGAAAGGGUUCUUGGAAGCGGGAAGUACCACCACCGCGGUUAUUUUCCUCUCUUCCGCAGGAUGGCUCACCUCGGGGAAGCUUCGAAUGGAGAAAAGGGAAUGCUCGGAUCUCGUCUCGGAAGUCGGAUUGAAUCUGUACAUGGCGAGGAACAAUUAGAUCAGGUGAAUGUGUGCUUUCCUCCGAGGAGGGCGCCUGAUGUCCACGACCAGGUGAAAUUGUCCCCAUUCUUCCAGUUUCGGCCAUCCUUGAACUCGGAUUACACGAUUGCUAGGAACAAGGUAAUCGUUGGCCAUCCAACGGACGACGGAAACACCAAAAUUUUGGAGCAUCGGAGUCAAUUGAGAUCGUCACUGCCCAUGUCUUACUUCCCACCACAGCAAGUGGCUGAUGAUCUUCCAUCUUGGCGACCGUAUGAAAAGCGACACUUCUCUACCGAUCAAUGGAGUGCGAGUUGUACUUCUGUUCAGCAUGCAGCAAGAAGCAGAGGUGCUGCUUACAAUGAUGGUGCUGGCCCAAUUAGAACAUUUUGUGACCCUCAUAUCUUGCCUCAGAAUGCGACAGUAAACCAUCUUGAGAGAACUUCUGUAUGCUUGAGUGAACCAGAAGAACCUUUUUCAUUUUGGAACAUGGGGAGAUUUAAGAGAAGAAACACAGUCUCUUCAACAAUUGGAUUGACGCGCAACCUCAGUAUCAAGCGAAACGCGAACUUGGACGAAUCUCUUCCUCCAAAGUUCAGGAAGUUGGGCCAUGAAGAUUAGCAUCAGUGCUUGGAGAUACAGUGAGCUGCAUCAUUGUUAUGACCACAAGUCAGAAUGAUCCUGAAAUGAAAUUUCCUCUGUGAACAAAAUUAUCAGGUAACCAUCGUCACUUAUGAAGCAUCAGAUAUAUUUGUACUAUCAGAAAGAACUCAGAUGUAGGAAAUAAUGAAGCAUUUGAAGUGCUUCAAGCUGAGAAGAAGCACAAUGUUACUCUGGCACUCCCUAUGUAGCGGCAUGUAAUAAUCCUGCCAUGGUUUCUUUUCUUGUACUAAAGUGAUGAAUAUUUUGUUUUCUUUAUGCAGGGAUGAGGUGAGGUAUAUAAGAAUAUGUAUAAACAAAUUUUGUUGCUUUA